GAAGGAUGGUCUCGCGCUUAGCGGCGGGUCAUGUUGUCCGCGAGCCGGGAGACCUGUCCGCGUGUCACCUUCAGCGGACUGGCUGCAGCACCGCUAAACCAGCUGUGUGUUUCCUGCAGACUCGUGGACCGGAUGUCGGGAUGGGCGUGGAGGCGUGUCCUCACAAGCUGGGCUCGACCAAUCAGCUGCGACUCCUCCUCUUCAUCCUGAUCCCCACCAUCAGCCUGCUGGCUGGCCUGCUGCUCGUCCUCGCACUCACAGGUAUAUUUGGCGGCGGCGUCCCCCUCCCCUCCCCGAAACCCAUCGCCGACAGUGACCCCGGCUACCAUGGCAACAGCACAAGCCCCUCCCCCUCCCUGGAGACGGAAAACGUUACGAACUCUUUACGAAACUUUAGCGAAGGAAACGUCACGGCGUACGAUGUUAGCGUUAGCACCGCCGCCACCGCUACUUCCUACUCCUCCUCCUCUCAGGCCACGCCCACUCAGCCCUACACAACGACUCCUGAUUGGCUGACGUCUGUGACAUCACUCAGCACCGCCUGGCCAAUCAGCAGCACAGCAGCGACGGAAUCAGGUGUGUGUCAGCUGAUUGAUGAGCCUCAGUGCAACAACAUGUUGCCUUACAACCUCACCUGGCUGUCCUCCUCCGUCGCUGUGGUGAAGAGCUCUGAGGUCGACAUGUUGCUACGGUUCUUCGGCUACCUGAGCAGGUUGUCGUGUUAUCGGCACAUCAUGCUGUUCGGCUGUUCUCUGGCGCUCCCAGAAUGCAUCGCUGACACUUCGCACAACAGACGGGUCGUGCUGCCCUGCUUCUCGUUCUGCGAGGCGGCGAGGGAAGGUUGUGAACCUGUCCUUCAGAUGUUUAACGCCUCGUGGCCCGACUUCCUGCGCUGCUCUCAGUUCAGCAACACAACCUUCGCUUUACCUUCAUCAUCAUCAUCAUCACCUUCAUCAUCUUCUUCAUCACCACCACCAUCAUCAUCAUCAUCAUCAUCAUCGCCCACGGCAACAGCAGUCCCCGCCACUUAUUCCUGUUACACACCGAGACAGAUCAAAGGGAAACCAUCUCUGUGCGGCGUGAACGACCACUUCCUGUGCGCGACGGGGAUUUGCGUCCCCCAAAAACUGGUGUGUAACGGCUACAACGACUGCGACGACUGGAGCGAUGAAACACACUGUGUUUGUUCAGAGUCUGAGUUUCGCUGUAACACCGGUCGCUGUAUCUCUCCUGAGCUGCUGUGUGACCGAUAUGAUGACUGUGGAGACCUGAGCGACGAACUCAGCUGUGUGUGUAACCUGUCUCUGGAGCACCGCUGUGGUGACGGACGCUGUGUGUCCAGAGACUGGCUCUGUGACGGAGACCACGACUGUCUGGACAAGAGCGACGAGGUCAACUGCUCGUGUAAGAGUCAGGGUCUGAUGGAGUGUAGGAACGGAGCUUGUAUCCCGUCGGCGUUUCGAUGUGACGGCGAAGACGACUGUAAGGACGGCAGCGACGAAGAGCACUGCAGCAAAGAGAAUCAGGGUGUGUGUCCUCCCGGUCAGCCCAGCUGUAUUUCCACUUCCUCCUGCGACCCUCGGAACAACAACAACAACAGUAACUGCACGCGAUGCGAGGCCAUUUCUCUGGAGCUUUGCAUGAACCUCCCGUACAACCAGACCAUCUUCCCCAACUUCCUGGGCCACCUCUCCCAGAGAGAGAGCUCUGUUUCCUGGGAGUCGUCUCUGUUUCCCGCCCUGGUUCAGACAGGCUGUCACCCCUUCCUCAUGUUCUACGCCUGCACGCUGCUGGUGCCAAAGUGUGACCCGGUGACUCUGCAGAGGGUCCCACCAUGCAGGUCUCUGUGUCGCGGUGCGAAGGAGAAAUGUGAGUCUGUGCUCGGCAUCGUGGGCCUGCAGUGGCCGGAGGACUCGGACUGCUCUCAGUUUCCUGAGGAAGGAGGAAACGUCAGCUGUUUGCUGCCGGAGGACGGAGUGGACGAGUGUUCUCCGAGUCACUUCAAGUGUCGCUCCGGUCGCUGUGUUCUCUCGUCGAAACGCUGCGACGGACACCUGGACUGUGAAGACCACAGCGACGAGGACAACUGCGGCUGCAGUGAACGCGCUCUGUUUGAGUGUCCGGGCAGUUCGGUGUGUAUUAAACACAGCAUGAUCUGUGACGGUUUCCCAGACUGCCCCCUGCUGGUGGAUGAGGCCAACUGCACGGUAUGUCAGGAUAACGAGCUCUCCUGUAAGAACCAUCAGUGUGUUCAUCGAACUCUGUGGUGUGACGGAAAGAGACACUGCUCCGACUCCUCUGACGAAUGGGACUGUGUGUCUCUGACGGACUCGGUGCUGACGGUGUUCAGGACGGCUGCAGAAUAUCAGGUCUGUGCAGACGAGUGGAACCAGGAGCUGAGCAACCUGACCUGCAGUCAGCUGGGACUAGGACCCCCCUCCUCUGUCUCCAUGGUAACGGAUCAGCUGGUGACCGGGCGGCGGCGCUGGCUUCACGUUCAUCCGGAGAGAAGAGAGAGAGGAACGGCUCUGCAGGGCCGGCUGGAGAAGAGGAGUCAUGCGUGUCAUUCCCGGAGGAGAGUGUCAGUGCUUUGCUCCCGAGAAGAAUGUGGGCGUCGCCCGGCGGCCGGCCUGCCCGCCCUCCGGCAGAAGAGGAUUCUGGGAGAUGUAGUCUCCCGACAGAAGAGGAUUCUGGGAGGUCGAGUCUCCAGAAAGGGGGCGUGGCCUUGGCAGUGCUCGCUGCAGAGCGGCCCGAGCGGACACGUCUGUGGCUGCGUUCUGAUUGGACGCCGCUGGGCGUUAACCGUCGCUCACUGCUUCGAGGGGAGGGAGGGGGCUGAUCUGUGGAAGGUGGUGCUGGGUCUGAAUAACCUGGAUCACCCCGGGGGAAACAGCCAGACUCGAGGAGUGAAAUCCAUCGUCGUUCACCCCCGAUACAACCGGGCCGUCGUCGAUUACGAUAUCAGCGUCGUGCAGCUCGACUCCGAGAUCGAGGAGACGGAGUUCGUGCGGCCGGUUUGUCUCCCCGACGCUUCUCAACUUCCUCUUCCUGAUUCCUACUGUUUCAUCACCGGCUGGGGACACAUGGGAAACAGGAUGCCCUUCAAGCUGCAGGAGGGUGAGGUCCGGAUCAUUUCUCUCUCUCAGUGUCAGUCCUACUUCGAUAUGAAGACUAUAACUCCCAGAAUGCUUUGCGCCGGAUACGAAGCGGGGACCGUCGACUCCUGCAUGGGAGACAGCGGCGGCCCCCUGGUGUGUUCGGACUCCUCCGGUCGCUGGACGCUCUUCGGUCUGACCUCCUGGGGCAGCGUCUGCUUCAGUAAAGUUCUCGGACCCGGAGUCUACAGCAACGUCACACACUUCACCUCCUGGAUCCAACAGCAGAUCUACACACACACGUACCUGAGCGACUGACACACACACACACACAAACACACACACACACACACACACACACACACACACACACACACACACACACACACACACACACACACACACACACCCACCUGUGCCUAUAUCUAUACUGUUAGCCUCACAUGCUAACUAAGAUCAGAUAAGAUGGACAGCAACAGGGUGAGAAUGAAAAACAGGACAGCAAAGAUUCACACAGAUUAACAAAAUUAAAGAUACAAAUAAAAUGAUAUUCAGUUAAGUAGCUAUAAAAUAAGAAAUUCAUUCAAAUUAACAUUUAUACAUAUUGGGUUAUAACUGCAGUGUAAACUCCUAUUACCGAUGCUAACUAGUUAGCUAGCAAGUAGACGCCAAACUUAACGCUAAAAACACAUUUGAUCUCUUCAGGGUUUGUGAGGAUCUGACCUUUAAUGAAGUGUAACCGCUGCUGGAAACCUAACGCUGACUUUUCAAUUCGCUUUUAGCAUUGAGAUAUCUUACUUCAUAAGAUCAUCCAAAAUCAUCCAAAAGAAUGUGGAUUGAAUUCCACUUUUUUUUAGAUUUGAAGCGUCAAAUAUUUAGAAUGUAGGUUUAGUUUCCAAUAUUAUUAAUUUUUAAGGAUAAUUGUUUUGUAAAGACGCCUGCAUAGAUUAUCUGGGGGGGGGACACAUUUGAAAUGUCCCCCAAUUUUUUUUUAAAGACUUGUCAGUUUUUCAAAAGAUAUAAAUAUUUGAAAAAAUUCUAACGGAACGGAAAUACAAAAAGUUUAGCAAAAUGUGAAACAGUAAUAAUCUUUAAGUCGUACAAUAUGGUGUCAAAAAAUGUAGUUACAUUUCCACCAACUGGAAUUUCUCAAAGAACAAAAACAUCUCAUAAAUCCAGAAAAAUAUUUUAAAAGUAAAAUAAACUCACGGUAUUUAAACUUCAACAUUUAAAAAAUGUCGGAUGUGCUGCUGGUUUUAAUUUCAUGAUAAUUAGGGGUGAAGAAACCUUUUGUAUUCAGCAAUGGUUAUAACAAUUCUUAUACAUUUAACUCGUCACUACAUUUUAAUCGUAGUUUAGUGGCAGAUUAACUCAGAGACUUCCUGUUGAUUUAAACAAAACGGGAAUAUGUAGUUAUUACAUUAAUGUUGUGUGAGUGUGUGUGUGAGUGUGUGUGUGUGUGUGUGUGUGUGUGUGUGGUGUACGUAAACACACACUUUAUUUCCAUUGUCCGAUCGUCUGCUUUGAGUGUUUAAAUCUUUAAAUCAACGUUCAGACUUUAAACGUUGAAUGAAAAGCUGCUAUCUUAAAACAGACCAGUUGAAACUCAACUUCCCACAAUGCUUCACUCUAUAGUGCCUGUACGUAGACUGAGCAGUAAAAAAAAAAAAAAACAUGUUAGCUGUAAGGUGUCGUACUGUUCGUGUGUGUGUGUGUGUG